CUCCAGUCGGCCACUUCAGGCAUCCGGAGCCAACGGUCCAGGCAGCGGCGUCGCCCGGUGGGGACCAGGAGUGAGCAAGCAGCAGACCGAGGGCCUCCAGCGCCACUGGGCAGCCCCAGGGCGCGUCCCGGUUUCGUCCCAAGGCUGCGCUGCUCGGGUCUUGGGCGCCUGCCGGGCCCCGCGUCUCCCCGCGCGCGGCCACAUGGCACGGCUAGGCGCGCUGCUGUCCUGGCUGCUGCCCUUACAGUGCGCGCUCUGUGCCGCCCCAGGCAGCGAGACCCCAGAGCUGCGGCUUUCUGAGAAGCUUAACGACUAUGGCGUCACAGUGCCCUUCAGCACCGAUUUUCGGGGACGCUUCCUCUCCCAUGUGGUGUCAGGCCCAGCAGCAGCAGCAGCCACUGCCACCACCUCCACGAUGACUGAGCACAUGGAUGGACCACACCUACGGGUGGCUCGCAGCCCCCUCGGGACCACCACACAGGAGCCCUUCUCCCUCUACUUCAACGUGACUGUGUUUGGGGAACAACUGCACUUAGGCCUGCGGCCCAACCAGAGACUGGUGGUGCCAGGAGCCAUGGUGGAGUGGCAGGAGGAUUUUCAGGAGCUGUUCCGGCAGCCCUUGCACCAGGACUGUGUGUACACAGGCAGUGUCACCGGCAUGCCUGGGGCAACUGUGGCCAUUAGCAACUGUGAUGGACUGGCUGGCCUCAUCCGCACACAGAACACUGACUACUUCAUUGAGCCUCUGGAAUGGGGCCGACAAGAGGAGGAAGAGGCCGGUGGGAGGAAACACGUGGUGUACCGCUGGGAAGCUGUGCAGCAUGAGGGGGCGGAGCCGCACAAGGACAUGCAUGAUGAAGCCUUUGGCCCAGGCAACCUUCCCAACGUGCUGGGCCGGGUGAGAGAGCAGCUGCGCCAGGCAGAGCGGAAGCGGCGACAUGCCAGCCCCGGCAGCUACAACAUGGAGGUGCUGCUGGCAGUGGAUGACUCGGUGGUGCGCUUCCAUGGCAGGGAACAUGUGCAGAACUACAUCCUCACCUACAUGAACAUUGUGGAUGAGAUCUACCACGACGACUCCCUGGGCACCCAUCUGAACCUUGUCAUUGUCCGCCUGAUCAUGGUUGGCUACUACCAGUCCCUGAGCCUGAUCGAGCUUGGGAAUCCCGCCCGUAGCCUGGACCAGGUAUGUCGCUGGGCUCAGUCUCAGCAGCGCCAGGACCCCAACCAUCCUGAGCACCACGACCACGUGAUCUUCCUCACUCGACAGAAGUUUGGACCUGCAGGUAUGCAAGGGUAUGCACCUACCGCUGGCAUGUGCCAUCCCCUGAGAAGCUGUACCCUUGACCUUGAGGAUGGUUUCUCCUCCACCUUUGUGGUGGCCCACGAGACUGGCCAUGUGCUGGGCUUGCAGCAUGAUGGGCAGAUGAACACCUGUGCCGAUGACGUCAGCCUGGGCAGUGUCAUGGCGCCACUGGUGCAGUCCUCCUUCCACCGCUUCCACUGGUCCCACUGCAGCAGGCUGGAGCUCAGGCGUUACCUCUCCUACUACACCUGCCUCCUUGACAACCCCUUCAAGCCCAACUGGCCUGAGCCCCCGGUGCUGCCUGGAAUUAACUACUCAAUGGAUGAACAGUGCCGCCUCGACUUUGGCACUGGCUAUCGGAAGUGCAUCCAGUUUAUGCUCUUGGAUCCCUGCAAGCAGCUGUGGUGUUCCCACCCAGACAACCCACACUUCUGCAAAACCAAGAAGGGGCCCCCGCUGGAUGGCACCCAAUGUGCUCCAGGAAAGUGGUGCUUCAAAGGUUAUUGUGUCUGGAAGACACAGGAGCUGAUGUACAGUGAGGAUGGAAGCUGGAGUUCCUGGACCAGCUUCGGGUCCUGCUCGCGGUCAUGCGGGGGCGGGGUACGAUCCCGCAGCCGGAGCUGUGACAACCCCCCUCCAGCUCAUGAAGGCCACUCGUGCCCAGGGCCCAUGUUCGAGUACCAGAUCUGCAACAGUGAGGAGUGCCCAGGACCCUACGAAGACUUCAGGGCCCAGCAGUGUGCCAAACGCAACUCCUACUACAUCCACAAGAACGCCAAGCACAGCUGGAUCCCCUACGAGCCCGAAGAUGAUGACCAGAAGUGUGAGCUGAUCUGCCAGUCAGAGGACACGGGGGAUGUGGUGUUCAUGAACCAGGUAGUGCAUGAUGGCACUCGCUGCAGCUACCGGGACCCCUACAGCGUCUGUGCCCGCGGCGAGUGUGUGCCUGUCGGCUGUGACAAGGAGGUGGGGUCCAUGAAAACAGAUGAUAAAUGCGGAGUCUGUGGUGGUGACAACUCACAUUGCAAGACUGUGAAGGGAACACUGGGCAAGGCCUCCAAGCAGGCAGCUCUCAAGCUAGUGCAGAUCCCGGCGGGCGCCAGGCACAUCCUGAUUGAAGGGCUGGAGAAGGCCCCCCCACAAUGCAUUGCGAUAAAGAACCAGGUGACAGGAAACUUCAUCCUCAACCCCAAGGACAAAACGACCCCAAACCCAAAUCGGACUUUCACCGCACUGGGCCUGGAAUGGGAACACUCAGUGCAAGAUGCCAAGGAAAGCCUCAAGACCAGCGGGCCCCUGCCCGAAGCCAUCGCUGUCCUGGCGCUCCCCCUGGUGGAGGGUGGCCCCCGCAGCAGCCUGACAUACAAGUAUGUCAUCCAUGAGGACCUGCUGCCCCAGAUCGGGAGCAACAAUGUGCUUCUGGAGGAGACAGACACCUACGAGUGGGCACUCAAGAGCUGGUCCCCCUGCACCAAGACCUGCGGAGGAGGUAUCCAGUUCACCAAGUAUGGCUGUCGCCGCCGACGGGACCACCAGAUGGUGCAGCAGCACUUGUGUGAACACAGGAAGAAGCCCAAGCCCAUCCGCCGACGCUGCAGCCAGCAGCCCUGUGUGCAGCCCACGUGGGUGACGGGAGAGUGGAGCACCUGCAGCCGGAGUUGUGGGAAGCAGGGACUGCAGGCUCGGAAGGUGCAGUGCCUGCUGGAGGUCUCCAAUGGUACCUAUGAGGUCAUGCUAGCCAAGGCCUGCUCUGGCGAUCGGCCUGAGGCCCGGCGGCCCUGCCUGCGGGUGCCCUGCCCAGCACAGUGGCGGACAGGAGCCUGGUCCCAGUGCUCCGUCACCUGUGGGAAGGGUAUCCAGCAGCGGCAGGUGGUGUGCCGGGCCAGCGCCAAUAGCGUCGGACAGUGUGAGGCAGAUAAACCGGACACCGUCCAAGUCUGCAGCCUGCCCCCCUGCGAAGGAACUCUCCAGGACUCCAUGGUGAGGGCUGACCUCCGGGAGCCCCUGGCUGCAGAGGGGCAGUGGAUGUCGCACACGGGUUCCCAACUCCCCAUGGAUGAGAUAUCAGCGACAGAGCCCUGCGUGGGGGACAGGUCCAUCUUCUGCCAGAUGCAAGUGCUCAAGCGCUACUGCUCCGUCCCCGGCUACCGCCGCUUGUGCUGUGAGGCCUGUUCUACGGAGGACUCGGCCCAAGACACCAGCCCAGACCCCAGUCUGGCCUCACUGCCCUCCUUCUCCACUCCUGGGAGCCCCUUCCCAGAUGCUGCAGUGGUGCCUACUGGGGGCCCAGCGGGAGCAGCCAGCCAUCAGUUUGAUCCACCCGCAAAACUCCCAGGACCUCCGCACACCAGCUCUGCAGUGAGCCAACAUCACCCUGUCCCCCAGAAGCUGAGCCAUUCCACCACGCAGGGACAGCCUCGGGGCUGGACCCCGGCACCUUUGCCAGCCUCUGAGGAUACCGGGCAGCCAGGGGAGGUGCCGACACAAGGGGACGCCAGCCUUCUUCCUACCUCCUUGGUGACCUGAGCCCAACCUUGCCCAGCCUGCCAGUCAUGUUUACAUGCUGUGCCACCCCCCCACUAACCCCUGGCUCAGGGCACAUACAGCAGGGAGGGGCAAGCACAGACUUUCCUUUUUAAGUUAUUUGCCACUUUAUUGUCCUGCGGGGCCAUGACGCUGGUUGCUGGUAACGGGGGUGGGAGGGAAAGAAAGAUCAGGGAAAGUUCAAACCCAAGAUACCUCACAAGUGGCCUGGCGGGGGCGGGGCCUUACCGGGCCAGCAGCUGCCCCUCUGCAGAGCUGGGCCAGGCCAUGCCUGAAGCUGACCACUUCUCUGGAGCUUGCAGGGACCCCUGUGGAGGCCAAGAAGGUAAAGCAGGGGUCUCCGAGUUGGGAAGAGCCUGCACACAGGACAGGCCAAGGCUAGGGGCCAGUGCCAUCCUUACUGCCAGACCAGGGUGGCUCAAGAGGUAAGCUCCUCUCAGGCCCAGCUGUUGGCGGACAAGGCAACCCUGGUGGCUGUGUCCUGCCUGUAGGUGUUCCUUGACAUCCUUCUGGUGACUCCAACUUACAGGCAGGCCUGUCAAGGGAUGUUCUACAGGAGGAGGUUCAGGACACCCUGUCCCCCAAGGCUUUAUCAGCCCAGGGUGCUGAUGGGGGCUCCAUACUGGUGCUGGGCCCCUGGCUGGUCCAGGAUAGCCACUUGCUCCUUACUCUAGGGAACAAAAGGGACAGGUCUGGCAGGUGAUUGGGCAUGACUGGGCACUGAGGAGAUGGGUGGGUUCAAGCAGGGCCUCUCGGCACAUGCUCCCUGCCAAUCCCCACUCUUGCUGGAGUCAGGGCCUCCUCCCCACCUGGCCUGAGCUAGGCCACAGGCAUGUGGUACUCCAGGGCUGAGGGCUCAAGGUCAACGCCUGUCUCUGCCCCAUGACCAAGGUGGGAAGGACCUACUGACUCCUGGUGCUUAGGGCCUCAGCGGGGCUCAGCUGCCUACCUGCCAGGGAAAGGUAACAGCUACAGAUUUAUGGGAUCUCAGAAAGUGACCCAGAUCCCAGGGUACCCCCCCCCCCAGGGCAUGGAGGGAUCACCCAACUCCUUACUGGGUGCUGGAGGGGCCUCGGAGCCCAAGGAGCAGUAGGCCCCUGGCCUGCAGUCCCCUUGGAGCCCAAAGGUGCUGGGGCUCCUCAGGUGCUGUCUCCUCCCUUGCCCUGCCCCUGCCCCUGGAUGCUGGAGUGUGCUCUCAGCCUUGCAGGUGCCAGCCUGGCCCACAUGCACUUGUGCCUUGGACAUCCAGACCUGUCAAUGUGUAUUUAUUAACAUUGCUCUUGGUGUUGUGUUUUGAACCCCAACAAGUUGUGUUGCAUUUUCCUUUCUCUCUGUAUUUUAAAGUUCCUUGGGGCCUGGACUGCAUUGUCACAAAAUGAUUGGGGACAGGAGGCAGGCAGGGGCUGGAAUCACAUGCAGUCUUAACCCUCCACCUCCCUGGCCUGG